AAGGAAGUAGUGAGUUACAAAGAUCACUUCCCGAGAAAAGAUUCUCAGCAUGAAUGCAGGUCCUUCUCACAUUUAAAUGUGCUUGUAGAAAGAGGACCUAAUGCCAUCAAAGAUCUUCUCUUCAUUGAAAUGACCUGCACAACAGAUGGUGGAUUUGAGGAAUACAUGCUUAGUUGCAUUUGUGUGGUCUCAUCCGACGAUGAUGGUGAGUGCUGUGAAUGCGGUGAUGAUGUGAAGCAUCCCACUGGUGCGGAGUACAAAAAGGGUGAUGAUGUGCAGCAUCCCACUGGCGCGGAGUACAAAAACGAUGUAGCCAAGGGUCGUGUUCAGUGCGGGAGGCCUAUAUCAGGUGAAGAAUUUAACGAGUUUAUUGUUGUGCGUGACGAAGAUUGGCUUGAGGCGGAGGAGGCUAUGGUGAGGCAGCAGUUCAAGACGUUUGACAUAGCAGAUAGCCAUGGAGCAAGGGGGGAAAUACAUCAUACCGGCAGAACGUCUACAAGCAUAGAUGCAGAGUCAAUGGGGCCUAGUGCUUUGUUGUAA